AUAAGGAAAAUGGCGGUGUUCAACUUUCGAAGUCACAUACUUGUGAUAAUAUUACUGAGCUGUGUUGUUCUACAUAAUUGCUUAGCUGACAAUCAGUGUGUAUGCAGUGUCGUUGACAGGCUUCCGGUUUACGAGCUGGAUUACACUGGAUCGUUGGUCAUAGGUCACAUCCGUUUCAAUGAAUGCAAGCCAGGAGUCUUUGUUCGAUUUCUUCAGAUGAAAAACAAUUGGAUGGCUGUAUUGAUUGAACAAAAGCUAGGAUUUGUUCAAACAAAUUCCGACACAAAUGUCCAAUCGUGUUUGGCAGCAACAACCGCUCAUGACGGUUAUCUCUGCCCAAAUAAUAGGGUGAAAAGCACAUAUUCUAGACAAACUGGGCACUGCUAUGAAUACGUAGAUGAUCUCAAGGGAUCACGGAAUUUAGCAGAGGUCUACUGUAACCACAUGGGUGGCGAUCUACUUUCAAUUACGUCUAUAGAUGAGCAAGAAUUUAUUUUCCAAUUUCUUAAGGACAACCGGUUGGUCAACCAAUCGUUUUGGACAGGUCUAUUAGCAAUGGAUAAUACCACUCGAUGGAGUGAUGGAUCCACCACUGCUUACAUACAACCACAUCUUUUGAGCCUUGGAAACAACAACGAGCCGAGACAGUGUGGUUCUUUCCAGGCUGUCGGAAGGGAUGGCAUGUGGAACUAUAGUGAUUGUUCUUUACCGCAGGCUUUCAUCUGUAAAUAUGCUGAGGUACACAAGACCUCAACAGCCAGCCAGAUACAGACUCCUAGUAUUACGCCAACUGUACCUCAAAUAACUUCAGCAAUCCCCACUUCAAAACAUUCAACAACUGUUACAACCGAAUCAACUACCGCACAUACAUAUACAUAUAUAGCCAUAACUUCACUGAUGACAACAAAUUCGUCCAAAACAACUUCAAUUGCAACUACAUCUACUAAUUUUACAGCAACAGAAAAUAUCAACCUAUGUCCGCAAACACAAAGCUUAAUGAAGCACACGAGUCUAUUGGGUUAUUGCUACGAAUUGGUGGUCCACAGAUCACGAAUGUGUGCUUUAGCAGACCUUUAUUGCAAUAUCCACGGAGGUCACCUCGUGUCUGUUGUUUCUUCAAUGGAGCAAGAGUAUCUAUACCAGAUUAUUGCGUCCAAUGGACUGAUGAAUACAAAGUUUUGGACAGGGCUAUCCGUUUCAAGUAAUAGCUACAAAUGGAGCGACGAUACAACCCAUACACAAACAGCAAGUGCAAGUAGUGCUACUGCUGGAAAUAAAGUUUCGACGACAGCCAAUCCACAUCCAGGUGAAGCUUGGUAUAAUCACAUGCUAAAUCCUCACCCUCAGAUGGGGGAUGGUCUGAUUGGAUAA